AAUGCCGGCUUCACUUGUUUUACAGAAUUUUGUCAAAGUCAAAAAUAUAUUCAUUAUUGCAUUUUCGACUAUUCAUACAUUACAAAACUCCAAUUCAAAACAAGCUACAGAAUGUCUGCAGCUGUAAAAAAAGUGAUUCCUCUUUUGGACCGUGUUCUUGUCAAGAGAGCUGAAGGCGCGACCCAGACCGCUAGUGGCAUCGUGAUCCCAGACAUGGCACAAUCGAAGGUGCUUCACGGAGAAGUGGUCGCUGUUGGUACAGGUGCACGAAAGGCAAAUGGCGAUUUUUUUCCAGUCUUAGUGAAAGUCGGAGAUAAGGUCGUCCUACCGGAACAUGGCGGCACUAAAGUAACUUUAGAGAAUGAUGAGAGAGAAUACCAUCUCUUCAGAGAAUCUGACAUUCUGGCGAAAAUCGACGAUCCAUAUGCAACCUAAUUUUUAAUAGUGGACAAAAAACGUAUGUUCUAUAUGUGAUUGUGUGUAAUAAUUGGAUGCCGAUGUAUCUGUUGCACUCUUUAUUACAAUGUGAAUAUGUAAAAGGA